AUGCACUCCCUGGCACUGCUUGCGUGCGCAGUUGCUCUGAGCCACUGUGCUCUUGCAGCGAAAGUCUGUCCCAGGCCACCAGAAGUGCUAUUUGCCACAAUUGACGUAAACAAAAGCGUGUAUGACGUGGGUGAGGAAAUAGAAUAUACCUGUAGGCCUGGGUUCGUCCCCAAUAACGGCCAAAGGAAGUACACCUGCCUCCCGACGGGCAAGUGGCCUCUCAAUACGCUGUUAUGCCUACCAAAGAGAUGUCCCAGUCCUGGACCCUUGCAGCAUGGAAAAAUUGAAUUUAUAGAUCUCCACUAUCAGAGUUCUAUAAGUUUUUCAUGUGAUCCAGGUUACAACCUUGUUGGGACGAGAACGAGCCAAUGUAUGGCAGAUGGAAAGUGGAGUGGAACUUUUCCACAGUGUCAACCGGUGACUUGUGCACCUCCCUCGCUUCCUGAAUUUGGAGUCCUUUCUUACCGUCGCUUAAAACCUGGAAAUAUUUCUAAUUUCCUGGACACAAUUACUUUCGAAUGUGUACCUCCCCUCGCACUUAUUGGGAAUGAGACGGCUACCUGCAUGGCCAACGGGAACUGGAGCAGCAUUCCAGAGUGCAAGGUUGUCACAUGCCCCACUCCAACAGGAAUUGAAAACGGAUUCAUAGAGUUUGCUGUUCGUAGAACGUAUCACUAUAAUGAAAGCGUCAGCUUCGUCUGCCAGUCCAGCUACGUGCUGGACGGACCUAAGCAUUCCCGAUGUGAAAAGACUGGUAACUGGUCCACAAAGCCAACCUGUAAAGGACCAUGUAAAAUACCAGUUAAGAAAGCUGUAGUAUUAUACAACGGCGAGAAGAAGAGAGUUCAGAACGACCUCAAGGAAGGCAUUCAGCAUGGUGAAACGGUAUCUUUCUUCUGCAAGAAUAAAGAAAAAUCCUGUGCCUAUACCGUAGCUGUUCCAUGUGUGGAUGGCAACCUUACUCUCCCCGCCUGUUUCAAAGAACGUGGCUUUUUUUCAACUCUUGUGAAGAAGGACCCAUCAGACAUGAAACCAUGCGAAGAUCAGCCAUGA